AUGUCUUUCUCCUUCUCCUUCUCCGGUGAUGACAUAGAUGAGGACGUUUCUGCGCCGCAGAACGUUCCUUCAGUGCCAGCACCGGCUGUCUCAACCUCUAGCGCGUUCCCGGUACAGGGAAAACCUCAGCUGCCUCCAGUACACCAUGACCUGGGUCAGAUGCUGGCGAAGUUGCCGUCCAAGAUAGCAUACGGCCUUUUGGAUGUGGACUUGGACGGCAAGGGGUCGAUACAGAUCCCACGGAGAGAGCUUUGGGAUGUCAGGGUUCAGCUGAUGGCCGAGGAGGACGGAGAAGGCGACGAGCUGGAGCCAGGUCUGGGAGCCCACGAUGUCAAGACCGGCAUCUACGAGGGAGGAUUCAAGAGCUGGGAGAGCAGCGUUGAUCUUGUCAAGGUGCUUGCGGCCAAGGACGUUCCCGGGUCCCUGGCUUCGGCACCUUUCCAUAUCAUCGAGCUGGGAUGCGGCACUGCGUUACCAUCUCUCGCCCUCUUCCAGUGGGCCUUGCUGAGCAGGGCUCAGACAACCAAGGGGUCGCAGGAGGAUCAGACCCCCCUGAUUCUCACACUUGCCGACUACAACCCCAGCGUCCUACAGCUGGUCACGAUGCCCAACCUACUCCUCGCGUGGGCUCUACACCAGCGGCACUACAACCAGCUCAUUGAGGACGCCAUGUCAUCCACUGAGGGUGAGCUGGAGAUUACGGAACAGGUCAUCGACUCUUUCAAGAGCUCCCUCACUUCGUCUGGCAUCGAUGUAUCAUUCAUCUCGGGUGGCUGGUCGCCCGAGCUCGUCGAGUUGGUCUAUAGCAACUCUGCGUCUCUGUCGAGCGGCGCAGAUGCUGUCGGCGCUACCCAGACUCUGAUCAUGGGCGCAGAGACUAUCUAUUCUCCCUUUGCCCUGAGUUCUUUCACGGACACAUUGCUCUCGGUUCUGCGUAGAGAGCGUGAAGUUGGGUCAAGUCGCCGGGCUACAGCCAUCAUUGCGGCAAAGAGACUAUACUUUGGGGUCGGCGGUUCUCUCGACGAUUUCGUGGACAAAAUGCGCGACCUCGGAGCUGUCAUCAGCAUGGUGAGAGAAGAGACCGAAGGGGUGAGACGAGGUGUCGUCGAGUGCGCUCUGCCUUGA